CAUGGUGUCCAUCUGCCAUACCCACCUUGCAUACCGAUAUGCGUAAAUUAUUUUCGCCCUCUGUGUGCCUAGGUACCAACGUUAUGACUUCUGUGUGCUCCGUGUCCAAGUCUUCUCCACUCACCCUUCUUUCAUUGCAGCGACUACCAAGAUAAAGUGUAGCGCUUAAAAUUUUCCUCCGGGUGCUAGCAUACUGGAAGCCGGUGAUAUUCUUUAACACUGCCAACUAUAAGGUAUCUACUGCUCCAUUUACGCCAGCAGACGGUAUUUUGUGCCGCAAGUGUACGUUCGUGAACUAGGAGCUGCGUUCAUUCAUCACUGCCGGAAUUGAACGCCGGUAGCGGAAGUUCAGCAGUGCAACGGAACUGCUUCUAACGACAUCGUCGUAAAACGUUACAACUAAACUGUGGCAUGACGGGGGAAAAAGAGAUGUUUAUGGCGUUCGGCGUUGUUGUUCACGAAGUUCUGUUAGGGCGACAAUCGCGAACAGCUCGCGCGGAGGACAGGUGAACGUACUCGUGAACUGGGUACGAGGAAAUAAUUUCGAACCGGCGAAAGUGCCACGAGUGAAGCUCAUUAGUGUGACGUUUAAGACCUGGUAUUACGCAACGCAUGCUUGGGUGAGCCGAAAAGUAUUUUAAGCGCGGCUCCCUCUUCUCUUUUAUCGUUAUGGCUUUCUACUUCUUUUUUUUUAUCUAAGCAUGAGAAUGUCAUUCCUGGUUGCCGGGCCUUAAACUUAUCUCUCCAAAAAAGGAAACUUUUUUUCGGCACCCUGGUAGUAGCUAGAGUUCUCUUCAACAUCUGAGAGGCCGGACUGGUUGCGUUUAUUGAGAUCCGCUUGACUUUCGUGACCACAACAAGAAUGCUCGAGGUAAUGAGUUGAGGUUGAGCAUCGUAGGGGGGGUAUAGAAGUUGAUUUAGGGAUAUUUGCUUUUACAAAUUACGUUUAUGGGCGAGAUCACUCUCAGGGAAGUAGAUUCGGAGAUAUAUACUGUACAUGUGCUGUUGCGCAGGGAACAAGGUUAAUAUAAGAGGUAGUAAAAAUAUUGCGGGCGACACACUGCGUACCCUCCGCAAGCGUAGGAGUUUUUCCACGUUCGUCGAAGGACAAACACGGAAACAAUGGAAGCACCAGCUGCUAGAACACUUUUCUGUGCGUCCACCUGAAGGCCCCGUAGUGGGUGUGAAAAAUGCUAACGUUGAGCGUGGUGGAGUUCGAAGUGACUGCAGUGACUGAAAUCACCGUGCAACAACAGAGUUCUUCGUCGGGUGCUUCGUCGCGUGUGCUGUCGCGAACUCAGUCCCAGGACGACAGUGGGUUCGAACCCAGGGCCACAUCGCCACCGCCGACGGCCGAUAACCCCAGUGGAUGCUCCGGUGUAGAAUUGGACGAGCAUGAAAGAGCAAUCCAAUCCCUGGAUACAUUGAGCGACCAGAUUGUGCAGCUAAGCGUUCGGAGUCCUCUGGGCUGCCUCUCGGGGUGUCCUCCGGCCAACAGCAGCAGCCAUGAGGCCCUGCACUCCUCCAUGGCGCUGAUGCGCCGACUUCUCGUCGAUGCUCAAAACAAGUUUCGCAAUAUGAUGGACGAUAAUAAAGCCCUUGCUUCGCGGAUUGACACUGACCUACACCAGGCGCAUCAGGAGGUGUCUCAAUUGAGGGCUGAACUGCAAGACACCAACAGCCGAAUCGCGGACAUGGCUGCUGCCGUAGUGUCUCCUCAGAGCUCUUCGAGCUUCUCUACCGCUUCAGAAGAGACUCCUCGGUCGCCAACUGCGUCACCUGUCAGGUCUUCCGAGCAGCCAUGUGCUCAGUGCAACAAUCCCACGGUAAGCGCUACACCGGUUUGUGAAGAGGACCGGACCAAAGGUGUUACCCCGGCGGAAGAAAAGAGUAAGGACGUCGACUGUCAAGACAUGGACCAAAAUCUGUCUUGGGCAGCUGUGCAAGAUAAAUUCUGUCAACUUCAAGAGGACAACCAGCAGCUUGUUCAGCACAAUCAUAAUCUACAGAAGGAGCUAGAUGAGCUGAGGAAAGCUCAGCAAGAAUCUGGAGUACGUGCUGAGGAAGAAACUAGAAGAGUGCAAACAGAGCUAGCCAACGCCAAAGAAGCACUAGCAGCCUUGAAGCAGGAUCGGAAGCGACUGAAGGCGGAAAAAUUUGACCUGCUGAACCAAAUGAAACAACUCUACGGUACACUUGAAGAUAAAGAAAAAGAACUCAGGGACUUUAUCAGAAACUACGAACAGCGUAUGCACGACAGUGAUCAUAACUUCAAACAGUUGGUGAAGGAGCGGGAGGAAUGCGAACGCGAGAAGUGGAACAUUCUGAAGCACGCCAGAGACGAAGCCGAGCGUUCUGUCCAGCUACGGAUGCAGUUGGGGCUAAAGGAUUCUCACAUCAAGCAGCUCCAAGAGCACCUGCAGCAGGCCCAGGAGAAGUUGGGGUACCUCUCAGAUGUAGAGAGCCGUACCUCAAUGAUCAGGGGGUCGAACGGGCUCCAUCCAGCGGGGUACCACUGCGGAGGAUACCGCAGUCCUGCCCACAAUGGCCAUGGUACCGACCAAGAUUCCUGCUGUGGACCGCCGGUCCCUCCGCACUUUGGAGGCUCGGGUGCGCCGGUGAUCACGGUCGACUAUGAUUCUAGCCCUAGCCACAACGCGUCCGGAAGCCCGUUACAGAACUAUAAGAAGUGUUCAGCAUUGCCGGGCCUGUCAAGGUCGGCGGAAGAGAUUUACCAAAGCAGCGGCUCCUCUGACACCAGCACGGCUCCAAACACAACCACUGCUUCCAGAGGAACACCAGCCAAACAGAAAAAGAGGCGGGAAGGCAAGAGUCCGUGGGGGUCCAUAUCCAGGGUAUUUCUCAGGAACAGGCACAGGAAGUCCUUGGAUCCAAAUGCAUACGAACAAUUUUCGCAUAUGCAAGGACAAGACCAAUCUCAGCAGGGUGUUGCUCAGCAGUGUUCGUGGUCGCCGCAGGGAAGUUUAUGUGCCAGCCCCGUUGCAGAGGAUGCAGACAAGCUUAGGUUACUGGAAGAAGCACAAGGCACCCCCAUGGAAAGGUGGAAGGCGCCAACCGUGUUGGCCUGGCUCGAAGUUGUUCUCGCAAUGCCACAAUACGGGGCCAUGUGCAUGGAGAACAUUAAAAGCGGAAAGAUACUGUUGGAGCUGUCGGAUGCUGAGCUAGAAGCUGGUCUCGGUAUCACGAACGUUAUGCACAGGCGGAAACUGCGCCUUGCUAUUGAGGAGCACAGAGAGCCUUCGGUUUGCCCUUACCCAAAAAUGUGCCUGGUAACGCAUACAUGGGUUGCUGGGGAAUGGUUGACCAGCCUAGGACUGCCUAUUUACCGGGAGCAGUUCGCUGCACAGCUCGUUGACGGUCGUGUCCUGGACACUCUGUCUCGCAAGGACCUGGAGCGCCACCUAGGAGUUGUACGAAGGGCACACCAGGUGUCUUUGCUGCACGGAGUUCAACUCCUUCGGGCACUGCGUUUCGACAGACAGGCUCUGGCUCAACGGCGAUCUCUCUGCGAGCACAUUGAUGUUGACCCACUAGUGUGGACGAAUCAGCGCUUUGCCAAGUGGGCACACUCCAUCGAUCUCGGGGAGUAUGCCGAUAACUUGCGUGAGAGCGGAGUCCACGGGGCACUGGUUGUGCUCGAGCCUUCAUUCACGGCAGACACUAUGGCUGCCGCGUUGGGAAUCCCCGUGUCCAAGAGCAUUAUUCGUCGGCACCUGGCAACAGAGCUAGAGAAUCUCGUACAACCAGCGAGGAUGUCUUUGGAGGCGGAAGCCGUUGUCCAGCACAAAAGGGGAAGCAUCAACGAGCGAAAGCUUAUAACUGCGACUGGAUCUCUGGGACGCAGUUUUAUGCGAUCGGGACGUGCCCAUUCAACCGACCGGCAGUCAGACAAGAGGAGGUCUAGUAUACGUGGAUCCAUCAGCCGAGCAUUGGGGAUGUCAUCGUCAUUGAAGACCGUUCGCACCUCAACUCAGCGCGAAGAUGUAUUUUUAGUUGGCAAGCCUCCACCGAGCCCGCGCUCGUCGACUCCACAGCCUCCUCAUAAGCCUCCUCAGCAACACAGACGAGUGUUUUCCUACGGAGCCAUCGAGACCAUCACCGUGACUCCGGUGUGAAACCAUCGUGGCUCGCGACACACAGUGAGGACAAUAUACCACGUGACUGUGAAACGAAACCGUUGUGUACAUAUUAUCGUAUAACAGUAGCAGUAGGAGUUUGUUGGCUACAAGCGAGGGGACAAGUGACAUGCACUGCCUUUUUUUGUUGCGUGCGUUCUGUAAUAUAUGGGGCAUGUGCCAUUUUCA